AAAGAAGAAAAUUUUAAGUCUUCUGAAAUGGACGAAUUGGAAUUCAAAUUUGAUGAAGAAUUGAAUAAUGAAACUUUUGAUAAAAGAGAUGGUGAUCCGGCUGCAGAGUCCAAGAAAUCUAAUUAUGAACUAAGUGACCAAGAUGUCAACAAACUCAUUAUUGUAACACAGAGUGCUGGGAAUCGUAAACACGAUCGUGGAAAUAAACCAAACUGGACUCCAUAUGUUAUGAGCCAAGAAAUGGCAUCUACUAUAAACGAUGGUCUGCAUUAUUAUGAACAAGAUCUGAUGGGCAGAUAUCAGUCUGAUGUAAGUUUCCAAGCAUCAGGUGCAUAUUAUGGAAGUAUGUCUUUGCCUACCCCUGCUGUGAAUAUGGGUAUGUGUGAGCCUCAGAUGCCUGGAAAAUGGUCGUAUCCUAGUGGAUCUGUUGCUUCUCGUUUUUAUCCUGUUGUGAGAAAUAAUUACCCUGCUGAAAAUCAGCGACAGCGUUUUCAAAAGAUGAGGAGUAAUAGUGAUGCUAUGGGUCAACAUGUAGGAUGGGUGAUGGAUGUUCGAGAACACCCAUCACGAUCCCGCACUAAUUCCUCUAGUGAAUCCGUACUGUCACCAAGUAGCUAUGGAAGUGCUCCCCAAUUUUUACCAGCUUUUGAGCACCCUAGUCAUGCUCUUUUAAAGGAAAAUGGUUUUACACAGGUGGAUUAUUGCAAGUUCCGUGCACGCUGUUUAAAAGAAAGAAAAUCUCUUGGAAUUGGACUGUCACAAGAAAUGAAUACGCUCUUCCGGUUUUGGUCUUUUUUCCUCAGAGAUCAUUUUAACCGGAAAAUGUACAAUGAAUUUCGGAAAUUAGCCACUGAAGAUGCAAAUCUGAAGUAUAGGUAUGGGCUGGAGUGCCUAUUUCGAUUUUACAGUUAUGGACUUGAGAAACAUUUUAGAGAGGAUCUUUUUAAAGAUUUCCAAGAUGAAACACUCAAAGAUUUGCAAAACGGUUAUUUGUAUGGGUUAGAAAAAUUUUGGGCUUUCCUUGAAUAUUCUGGCCAGAAAAAUACACUAACUGUUGAUCCUGUACUGAAGGCAACCUUACAAAGGUUCAAAACAGUUGAAGACUUUAGGGCUUAUGAAUGCAGUUAUGCUACUGGUCCUGCUGUUGAGCGACAUCGUAAUUUGUCCGAGUCAUCAGGAUCAAGAAGAAAUAAAAAUUUUAACACUGAUUCAAGAUCUCGAAGAAACACUAUUUCAGCAGCAGAUACGCCAAGAAGAAGGAAGGGUAGUGGCUCAAAGUCUAGUGACCAGAAUAAAAAUUCAGCUCAUAAUAAGCAGUCUGCCAUUUCUUCCGAAAAGUCAGUAUCUGAUGCAGUUGUGGAAACUUCAGCAGAAGCAAAAGUUGUGAAUACAGAUGCUUUAGAUGUUAAACAGGCUACUUUGAAAUCUGUGCCUGCUGAUUCAAAUAGUACUGUUAUAUCUGAUUCAGAAGAAAAGUCAGAAAGUUGUGCAUCAUGUGGAGAAACUAACAGUGAAAAGGCAUUCUCAGUUAAUCAAGAGCAUGUUCCUGAUGCUAAAAUGAAAGUUAUCAAACGUAGUUUUUCUGAACCUUGUACCACAAUGGUAAACUUAUCAGAAAUAGAUUUUGACUCUAAAAUGCAAAUCUUGUCUCUCGUUAAUGAGCAGAAUUCAAUCAAUGAAUUGAAUAUAUCUGAAAAAAACCCUGUUGAGUUGCUAUCAUUAAAGCCUGAUGAAGAUGCUGUGCUGAUAGAUAAAAAAGAGAGUGACAUUACAAGUGUAGAUAAAGAUAGUAUACCAAAGCCUGAAACAGAAAUUAAGAAUUCUGAUUCUUCUAAUUGUGGAAGCCAAUCUAAUGUAAUUUCCACAAACACUGAAGUAAUUGCUUGUAUUUCGGAAAUGAAUGAAUCUGAACUGACUGGCACCGAUGAAAAUGUUCCUCCAACUGAAGAUUUGACUUCAGAUGAGCUAAAAGAUGUUAACUAAGACAGAUUUUUAAAAGAUCUCUUUUCUUAUCAAGUCCAGAUUUUUGACUCUGUUCCUGAGUUCAAGCUGCUGUUAUGAAUUCAAUGUGAUUUUGUGAUACAGAUAUUUUUAUAUUGGUAAUUGAGCUCUUGUAAUACACAAAAUUCAUUUGUGCCAUUUGCGAAUAAUAGUUGUGCCUUGUAUCUCUGUAUAAUAUCUUGUGGACUAUGCAAAUUAUGUAUGAAUUUAGUUUUACAGUUAAACUGUAUUUUAAUUUUUUCCCUUCUACUAACUUCACAGUUAAACAUGCCUGUUAUUGUACUUUAGACUACUGAGUAUUAUUUUGCAUCUCACAUGCCUCAAAUGUGCAAACAAUAAGUUUAUUGACUUUAGAGGUAUGUUCUAUAUGACUAGAUUUCAUAGAAUUUAAUGUUCAGUAUUUUCUUAAUUAUUAAACAUGUAAAUUUUUACAGUAAAGUCAGGAAUCUUAAAUAGUUACAUGUAUCAAUCAUAGGUACAAGUUUGGUUAAUUUAGAAUUCUUCAAAGUUUUUAUAAAACUUUUGAGAGUGGUUUCUCUUCCAUGUGUAGUUAAACUUUGUGUGCUAUUUGAUGGAAAUAGCUAAUGUUGCUGUUUUCCCGCCUUCCCUCCUCCUACCUUGCUAAGCUGAUGCUUAAAUCAUAUCAGUAUGAAAACUUUGUUGUCUGUUUAUCUGGCCAUGUAAAAAUUUAUCUGCUCUUAAGUUUUUUAGUUGUGUUUAGCCUAAUAUUAAUAUACCUGUGUUGAAAAGGAAUUUGUUAGUGUCUGGGUAAUGUUGCUUUUUUUUAUGUUAGUAUCUAAAUUAAACUAUACUUUUUUAAUUUAAACGAAAACAUUUUGAAUGACUGAAAUUAUUUAAGUCUAGCAUCAUAAUCUUGCAUGUAAAGUAUUUUGAUUUAUUUUAACUUUGCCCCCCCAAACUCUCCAUAACUGUGCUGGGUAAUUGAGUAACUUAUUAAUUUUAAUUAUUUUUAAAUGCAAUAAAAUAAUAAUUUUGUAAAGUAAAUCUGAAAUCAUAAUUCCUACCAAAGUUAUGGUAUGACACACAAAUGCUCUUUAGAUCCUUUAAUUUCCAUUGCAUGAAUGUGCAUUAAAAAUACUCUUCUUAUAUUGUGUUCAGAAUUAUUUAGUCUUGAAAACUUCUAUCUAAACUUUAUUUUUGAAUAAUUCUAAAGCUUUAUGAAGCUGUGCUGUUUCAGAAAAGAAAUUUUUGACAAGUUUUAUUUAUUUUUUUUUUUAUUUAUUUAUUUUCUGUUAUUGUGAAUACAUGCUUGCCCACAUGUGUGUGUUAUCUUGUUGUGGCCCUCUCUCCCUGAUUUUUUUUUUUUUUCUAAUAUUGAAAAUCUUGAUUUCAAAUUUGUUAAAAUUUCUUUGCUCAAGGAACUUAAAAGUUUUUAAGUUAAUUGUGUUCACUGCAUAUGAAAUUCGAUGUUUGUACAUUCCUUUUUUUUUAACUGUGUGUUGAACAGAUCUUUGAAGGUAUGUGUUAAUCUUGUAUUUUUCCAUGCUAGAUUUAGACUUGACUUGUUUGAAUAAAAGUCAUAAAAAGUAUCCUAUAAACCCUUCAGUUUUUCCUAUUCUUCAUUUUUUCAGAUAUAUUUCACUCAUAAUUAUUAAGUUCUAGAUUCUGUGAUAAUAUAUCUGCAUACACAAAAAUAUUACUUUUUAGAUUCUUCUCAAGUUUUUUUGUAUUGUAUUCUUUCUGUGUAUGAAACUAUGGUUUCUUCCUGGUUUUGCAUCUGAUAACUCUUAAGCUUCACCUUAGUCAUUUUAAUGUAGCAUUCACUGCAUUUCUGUUUGAAGUUUCUUCUCUGUAUAAUGAUUAUGCAUUCUUAUUAUGCUUGUUUGUAGGGCAAGCGCCUUUAAUGCACAUUCCUUUAUUAAAAUUAAGUGCUAUUGUAGUUGUACAUUUUACACAGUAGCUACCCACUGAGUUCAUCGUCAUUCUCUAGUCUGACUGCAUUUCAUGUGAAAUUAUCAGUCAAGAAAUGUUAGUUGUAUAAAUUUACUGGCCAUAUAUUAGUAUUCUAAUUGAAGAUAAAUGUAAAGAAGUCUGGCAGUCCCCCCACACUAUUUAGUUUUUCUUUUGCAAUCCAGUUUGAAGCGGUAUAAUGUUAAAAUUUGUAUGUACCUUCUUAAAAGGAAUUUUUUUUUGUAUGUAAUGAUUAUAUCUGAUGUAAAUGCUGUGAUCAUCACUUGUGUUGUAUAGUUGCAUGCAGAUUUUGUGAAACUGCAAGUGAAGAUUUCUGUUUGAAUAAUAUGUUAACUAGCAUGGUUUUUUUUUAUUGAAUUCAGCCAUCAAAAUAUGUGCAAAUUUAUUAUAUUUUUAUUGCUCAUAAAAUAUUUAAAAUUGCAUCCAUAUCAGAGGGAAUUUGCAUGCUUACAUGUGAGGAAGGAUUAUGUGUAAUCAAAAUUUAAAAUUUUAAUUGUCCUGUUAAAUACUCUGCAAAAGUUCAGAAAAAUUAUUUCCUUAAGCUUAUGUUCUCUAGUCAGUCUAUCAACAUAAGGUUUCAUGCCUAGUCUUAGAAAUUUAAAAUGGCAACCAUUUUAUUUGAGUGCUCUGUGAAUAAUUUUUUAACAUUAUUAUGGUUGUUUUGUGCUUUAAAUAAUUAGUCAGAAAUAAUGAAUUAUAUUUCUCAGCUUCAAGAUAUGGAAAUAUGGAUAUUUUAGAUAGAUUUUAUCCAUAAUGUACAGUAUAUUAAUUUGAGUGAAGCAUUGCUUGCUCCCAUGGGUGUGACUUUACAUAAUUUUGACCCAAUGCUGUUAAGUUUUACUUUUUUUUUUUUUUUUUUUUUUUUUUUUUUUUUUUUAAUAUUUAACCUCUUAAUACUCUAGUUACCAAAAAUGUCUAAUUCUCUUGUUGAUUCUUUUAUGCCCACAGUUCUGUGUUCAUGUAACUGUUGUACAUAAAAUUUUGUACAUGACAAAUUCUUAUUUGCUAUAAAAUCUGAGGAUGAAGUUUCAAGUUUUAUAGUUAUAUAUUGCUUGUUCUUAUAAUGUGUAAUGCCUGUACUUGCAUCCACUCACAUGGUAUCUUAUCACUUUGCAUGAUAACUUUAUGAAUUGCAGUAAUGGGAUUUUGUUAAAUUUCGUAUUCUUUUAAUAUAAGGUGCUGAUGUGAUUUUGUUGUUGUUAGGACUCUUUGUAACUUUCUGAUACUUUGCUUAAAUGUGCCAAAUCGCAAGUUGUGGGCAUUGGAUGAAUUGUAUGAGAAGGUUUUCCAUUCAAAUAAUUGUAUUAAUAAAAUAAUAUGCUUUAUUCAUAUGCUUUCUUUGUGUUUUUACAUGGCUGGGUAUAAAGGAAAAAGGACAUUCAUAUUUUACUUAGCUUAUGUAAAGGAAAUUAUUUUAAAAUAUUUUCACAUUUUAUUCAAGCUAUCUUCAGUAUGAAAAAUUACCCCCUCGUGUUACUUGCAAAUUGCUUUUUUUAAGCAAUAUUCUAUUGUGACUGAAUUUUUUUUUUUCCAAAAUUGCCAAAAAAAUUAAGGUUUUAGUUGAUAGGAAUUUGUAUAUUAAAGUAAGUAACUUGAGCUUUUACCCUUGUGCCAUCUUUUUCCUCAUUAUGAUCUAAAUCAGUGAUUCAAAUACUCUAGCUGUACUCAGGGUAAUAAACAACCAAAAAAGAAAGAAAAACAGUGUAUUUAACUGGAUUUUAAAAUUAACAUUUAUAUUUAUAUAGAAUAUAGAUAUAUAUAUAGCUGUGAUCAAAAUGAGAAAAAUCUUAAAAUAUUAAGAACGAAUUUUUUAAUAUUAAUAAAGAAUGAAUAUUUUUGACCCAGUAUGUGUUGCAGUAAUAUUUUGCAUAUAUUUCUUCCAUUAAAUAUUUUUCUUCUUAUAGAGGUAUCUUUAUUUGUGGUUAAAUAUAGUCAUUCUUUACUUAAAUAGUUAAGUUUUCUGUUUUACUUGUAAAUAUUUUUUGUGAAGUGACUACAGGUUUAGGUACAAAAUUGUAUUACCUGUUGUUAAAUGAUUUAUGUGUAUAUUUCAUUUUUGCUCAAGUGCAAGCAGUUGUAUCAUGAAUGUAGUAUGGUAGAUAAGGUUUUUGUAAUGCAUAUUAAAGAAGUGCCUGUUUGUGAUCUGACGAUUAGAAAAUGAUUUUGUAUGUGAAUUGACUGAUUAUUAAUUGACUAUGUGCCUAUGCAUCCAUUGCAGUUGGUACAUUUGUAACUUGCUUGUACCAUUGAAACUGAGCUUUUGCUAUGUUUAUUACUGCUUGAUUGUUUGUGUUAUACAAGGUUUGGGGACUUUGAUUAUCUCAUAUAUGGGCAAUAAAGUAAUAGUCAAAAUUA